AUGGAGGCUAGCUGUACAAAAGUUUACUUAGCGCAUGGCAAAGAUUUAAACUCAUCAAAUUCCUAUUGUAAGCAAAGACUAGAUUUAAUUGGUGCUUCAAGAAAGCUGUCCAAGAUUACUGGUUGUCUAGAGAUCAUAGAAGGAGAAGAUGAUGGACAAUCUAAAAUAUGUCAGGACAGCGCAAGCUAUGGCCGUCCCUCUUCAAGUGCAGGUGACAGACCAUGGUCACGAGGCAGCAUCGGCUGUUUUCCACCAAGAACAGAUUCUUCAAUGAGCAGACGAAUGAAUACCCCCACUAAACAGAUCUCUCUGCAAGCAGUUCGUCGUAAAGAAGAGAGCACUGAACCAUUUGUUGAUCAAGUGGAGUGGCAGCAGCUUACUCUUGAAAACAACAGACAAAUCUGGAAGCCAGAAACAAACACAGGAUAUCCAGAGCCAGCUAAAAAACUUGUGCAAGCAGAUGGCUUCAGGCUGGAAGCUGUUGCUGAAACUUCCUGGCAACUCAAUGAACAAUUACUGUCACAACCAAACAAAGUGAUGAGUAAAGUCACGUCACAAACAGAAACCAUUGUUGAAGCUGCUGAAGGGCGUGGAGUAAGCAAUAGAGAGAAGAACCGAGAAGAGAAAAACACUGAUGAUAGCGAUGAAGGUGAAGGUGAUGAUGAUGAUGAUUCUGACAGCUCUGAAGAAGAGGAAGAAAAACUGAGGGCUCCUAAUGAGCUUCUAAUGGAGUUUGUGGACUGUCUCAUGAGGAAAGAUUUCCAGACUGCCAGCAAGUUGUGUAAAAUGAUUUUGCUCUAUGAACCGGAAAACCCAGAAGCUCUCAAGUUCCAGCCAUUGAUUGAAGAAAAACUAGAACUGG